UGUUAAGGGAAGGGAUUACCGGACAAAAAAAAAAAAGGAAGGGAUUAUCUUUAUUCAUCCUUAUUUGGUUGAAUUGUUAGUUUUCACUGUUUCUAUCGUCGCUAAGAUAUGGAUUAAGGUUCUAAUUCAUGUUUCUGCGGAUUACUGGGAACUUCUGCUAAAAGAAACGAAGAGAAGAUUUCAGUUCGGUCAGAUUUAGCUUCAGUGGAGAAGGGGAUUCUUGUGAUAAAUCAGCUCUGACACUGUUUUAUACAGAUUUGACUUCACUUGGGAUAAAAAUGUUCAACAACAUCGGUGACGAUCUGCCCGGCGAUUCAGCCGGUGAGGGAGGCGGGAACCGUCCUCUUGGAAAUUUCCAGUUGACUCGGCAGCCGUCGAUCUAUUCUCUGACCUUCGAGGAAUUCCAGAACACGAUGGGCGGCUGCCUUGGCAAUGACUUUGGGUCGAUGAACAUGGACGAGCUACUGAAGAAGAUCUGGACAGCGGAGGAAACACAGUCGAUGACCAUGACGUCCACCUCCAGUGCAGGACAAGACGGUCAGCAACUCCAGCGCCAAGGCUCCCUCACUCUGCCGCGAACGCUGAGCCAGAAGGCCGUCGAUGAGGUAUGGAGAGAUAUAGCCAAGGAUUGUGGUGUCGGAAAAGAUGGAAAUGCGGCUGUAGGAGCGAAUUACCCGCAGAGGCAGCAGACUCUGGGAGAGACGACUUUGGAGGAGUUUCUGGUGAGAGCUGGGGUUGUCAGGGAAGAUAUUCAAAUGGGCGGUAAGGUUGGUAGUGGUGUAUUUUUUGGGGAUUUGUCGCGCACAGUGAAUGAGAAUUCUGAAUAUGGAAUCGCAUUACAACAGAUGGGUAGGGGUACAGGAUUAACGGGCAAUCGGACAUCAGAGAGUAAUAAUAAUGGUAGUAGUAGUAACAAUCAGGUUUCCAUGCAGUCUUCAAAUUUGCCUUUGAAUGUGCAUGGAGUUAGAUUAAAUCAAAAUCAGCUGUCUGAGGCUCAAGUGUCGCAUCAGCAGCAGCCACAGAAACCUCAAAUAUUUCCCAAGCAGCCAGCAGUUGGUGGUUACAUGACACAGAUGCAUAUUGAGAGUGGUUUGGCUAGUCCUGGAAUAAGGGGAGGGAUUGUGGGGUUAGGGGAUCAGGGGAUGAACGGUACUGGACUCCAGGGUGGAGGUAUGGGGAGGAUGAUGGGCUUAGGGGUUGGGGUUGGGGUUGGGGCUCUUUCUUCUCCUUCAAACCAGCUGUCUUCGGAUGUGGUUGGGAAGAGUAAUGAUGAUUCGUCUUCGGUUUCACCGGUUCCUUAUGUGUUUAAUGGAGGUUUAAGGGGGAGGAGAAGAAAUGGGGAUGUGGAGAAGGUAAUUGAAAGGAGACAGAAGAGAAUGAUAAAGAACAGAGAGUCAGCUGCAAGGUCACGGGCUCGUAAGCAGGCUUACACCAUGGAAUUGGAAGCUGAAAUUGCCAAGUUAAAAGAAGAGAACCAAGAAUUACAGAAGAAACAGGCAAGCAUCAUGGAAAUGCAGAAACAUCAGGUCAUGGAGAUGAUGAAUGUGCAGCAGGUAGGUAAGAAACGGUGCUUGAGACGGACACAGAGUGGACCAUGGUGAAGUUUCUAUGGUUUCAAGAUUAUGCGUGGUUCCUGAACUUGCUACCGUAUCAAUGAAGGGCAAAGAUGAAGAAGACCCACUAGUUACAAGACCUGCAGCUGACCAACCAUGUAAAUUGCAUAAAGGAGAAUGCAAAGCCCAUGGAACACUUCCAUAAUUCAG